UAUGGGAGCAAGGUCAGCUGUUGCUUGUUAGUACAUUUCAGUAUGCAAGUGCAAAGCAAAGACAAAGCAGCUUUAAAACAUCUUCGUCAUUUCUGCCGUAGAAGAAAAUGAUUUUGAUAAAUAGUUCUCUUAUUAAAAUAAAUGGGGUGAUACAUACUUGGAUCUAACAUAAGGCACGACAAAACAGGAGCUCUCUUCAGAACUACAGAAAUUACCAGCUAACUGUACGAGAGACAAGGCUACACAAAGAAGAAGCCUCUGGAUUUUUACUCUGCUUUAGAAGAAAAAGUAUUGUAAGAUCGCUUGAAGAUGAAGACAUUCUCAUGGACUUUGAAUUUACUGUUACUACUACUAUUACCAAAUGGAUGCUAUACACAACAGUCUAAAUUCAAUAAAAACUCCCCUAGAAGAUACCCACGUUCUACAGAAGGAGGAGAGGAAGGGAAAAGGUGUGGCUAUACAUUUAUUGUACCUGAACAAAAAAUAACUGGACCAAUUUGUGUAAACACUAGAAGCACAGAAAACAAAAAAGAUGAAAUUACAAGAAUGGACAUUGAGAAUCUGAAGGAUGUAUUGUCCAAACAAAAGCGCGAGAUUGAUUUGUUGCAGCUAGUGGUUGAUGUGGAUGGGAAUAUAGUAAAUGAAGUAAAACUGUUGAGAAAAGAGAGCCGCAACAUGAAUUCCCGUGUUACUCAGCUAUAUAUGCAACUCCUCCAUGAGAUAAUCCGCAAACGGGACAACUCACUUGAGCUCUCCCAGCUGGAAAACAAAAUUCUCAAUGUCACAACUGAAAUGCUGAAGAUGACAUCAAGAUAUAGAGAACUUGAAGUAAAAUAUGCAGCACUAACUGAUCUUGUAAAUAAUCAGUCAGUUACCAUCUCAUUACUGGAAGAACAAUGUUUGCGGAUAUUUUCACGGCAAGACACCCACAGUUCUCCACCAUUAGUUCCUGUGGUACCCCAUCAUAUUCCUAAUAGUCCACAUUACACUCCAGGCCUCCUGGGAAGUAAUGAAAUUCAGAGAGAUCCAGGCUAUCCUAGAGACAGAGAUGUGAGGCCACCUCCUGAUCCAGCUACUUCUCCUACAAAAAGCCCUUUGAGAAUUCCACCAUUAAUGCUGAUCAAUGAAGGCCCGUUCAAAGACUGCCAACAAGCCAAAAAAGCUGGAUAUUCUAGCAGUGGGAUUUAUAUGAUUAAACCUGAAAACAGUCAUGGACCAAUGCAGUUAUGGUGUGAGAACAGCCUUGAUCCUGGGGGGUGGACAGUUAUUCAAAAAAGAACAGAUGGUUCUGUAAAUUUCUUCACAAACUGGGACAAUUAUAAGAAAGGAUUUGGAAAUGUUGCUGGAGAAUACUGGCUGGGAUUGGAAAAUAUUUAUUUGAUUUCAAAUCAAGACAAUUACAGACUUCUGAUAGAACUAGAAGACUGGAGUAAUAAGAAAGUCUAUGCAGAAUAUAGUAGUUUCCGACUAGAACCAGAAAGUGAAUUUUAUCGAUUGCGUCUAGGAACCUAUCAAGGGAAUGCUGGUGACUCCAUGAUAUGGCACAACGGGAAGCAAUUUACAACACUAGACAGAGACAGAGAUAUGUACACAGGAAACUGUGCCCAUUUUCAUAAAGGAGGCUGGUGGUACAAUGCCUGUGCUCAUUCCAAUCUCAAUGGAGUAUGGUACAGAGGAGGACAUUACAGAAGCAAGCACCAGGAUGGGAUUUUCUGGGCCGAGUACAGAGGCGGAUCAUACUCAUUAAAAGCCGUUCAGAUGAUGAUCAGACCAAUUGACUGAGACACUUGAAACAUUAAAAAACUGUCCAUGAGUUUCACACAAAUGCUACAUUUCAAGUUGUUUUGCAAAUUUAUUUACAACAAGCAAGCCCAACAAAGUAUUUUUUUAAAAAAAACAUUUCUUAUUGCAGUACACUCGUAAAGUAAGCAGGAGUUGCAUUUAAAAUAAAUCUCUGUUCAUACAAAAUAUAUGGACUUUAUCGGGAGUAAUUAAAACAAUCAGAUUUGGUAGACUACAAAGAAAAUUCUGAAUGAAUAACUGUUGUAGGAUGAGAUGAUGUUGCUGUGUGUUAUGUGUGCAAACAUUUGCUUUCACAGAUUUAAAACUAUUUAAGUUUUUUAUUUCAAAAUGAUUUCCAUUGGAAAUCUUAUUUUGAGAUACAAACACAAUGAAUAAUGCAAGACAAAGAACUGGAGGAAAGCUCUGGUUUUGCAAACAUAUUUUUGUGGCAAAUGAAUGAUUUCAGGACAGUAGAGAUAUAGUACAGCUUUUACAAGAUACAUACACCCUGCAUCUGUAGGGAUGAGGGGCAUUGCUCAUAAACCUUAACCCUAAAUUAGUGGUGGGCAAAGUGAAUCUCUCGAGAGGCUGCUGGGUUGCAACUGUUGUCACUACUGCCUAUGCUGGUUAUGGAUGAGUUGCAGCGUGACAACACCUAGAAGGCCAAACUUUGCCUAUCCCUGCCCUAGAUACAAAUACUGUAUAAGAAUAUUAUUAAUAGUAUUUCUAGAGCAUUGUUCCUAAAUUCUCAACUUCCUUCACAGAUGUCCAGUAAUCCAUUACAACAACACAGAGCUCAGAAACUUACUUUUUGUAAGAAUGAACAUAAAGACAUGCUGAAGCUAUCUGUAACUUGGCUCCAGGUCAUCAUUCUACCGCUACUCUGUCAUGUCAUUAUGUUCAUUUUUAUAAAAAGUAAUGAUCUAAGCUCUACAAUUACUACCUACAAUGUAAGGCAAGGUAGUAAUAUUAGCCUCAUUCUACAGACACAAAUAGAUAAACUCAUGCACUGAGUGAAGGUCUACAUUGAUCUAGGGACUUUUCAGUGAAUUUAAUGUUCUUAAGCCAUUACACUAUACUAAAUGUGUUUGAUGGAAAUAAAUCAUUUUGGU